AUGUCCUCUGCCCAUUUCAACCGAGGCCCCGCCUACGGCCUGUCGGCCGAGGUCAAGAACAAGCUGGCCCAGAAGUACGACCUCCAGCGGGAACAGGAGCUGCGGGAGUGGAUCGAGGGGGUGACGGGACGCCGCAUCGGCCCCCACUUCAUGGACGGCCUCAAAGACGGCAUCAUUCUCUGCGAGUUCAUCAAUAAGCUCCAGCCAGGCUCUGUGAAGAAGGUCAACGAGUCCUCACAAAACUGGCACCAGCUGGAGAACAUCGGCAACUUCCUCAAAGCCAUCACCAAGUACGGGGUGAGGCCCCACGACAUCUUUGAGGCCAAUGACCUGUUCGAGAACACCAACCACACGCAGGUGCAGUCCACCCUCCUGGCGCUGGCCAGCAUGGCCAAGACGAAAGGGAAUAAGGUGAACGUGGGCGUGAAGUAUGCGGAGAAGCAGGAGCGGAAAUUUGAGCCCGAGAAGCUCCGAGAAGGGAGGAACAUCAUUGGGCUGCAGAUGGGCACCAACAAGUUUGCCAGCCAGCAGGGCAUGACGGCCUAUGGUACCCGGCGCCACCUCUACGACCCCAAGCUGGGCACCGACCAACCCCUGGACCAGGCCACCAUCAGCCUGCAGAUGGGCACCAACAAGGGAGCCAGCCAGGCCGGCAUGACGGCUCCCGGGACCAAGCGGCAGAUCUUCGAGCCGGGGCUGGGCAUGGAGCACUGCGAUAUGCUCAACGUCAGCCUGCAGAUGGGCAGCAACAAGGGGGCCUCACAGCGGGGCAUGACGGUGUACGGGCUGCCGCGCCAGGUGUAUGACCCCAAGUACUGCCUGAACCCCGAGUACCCGGAGCUGGAGGCUGCCCAAAACCACCACCCACACAACUACUACAACUCCGCCUAG